GACGAAAGCUGUGGUGACAUCCGAGGGGUUGAUUUCACGCAACAUUCUCGUCUACUUUCGCCUUGUCCACGGUUGUAGUUUGUACUUUGAUACUUUGAUGUGCCGGCGGCUCGGAGAGCGGAAGCCGGAUAGGACAGCCCGGAGGCCGGAGAGCCGGGAGGCCAGCAGGCGGGCAGGGAGGCUGAGGCAUGCAAGCGCAGGCGGCCGGUGUGUUUCCCCGCAUCGGGGAGAUGGCACUCGAAUGCGAAGGUCCCGGAGGUCCGAGGUCCCACUGGUCCUCGGGAUGGCCGACGCUGUCAUCGGUCUUACCGGACUGGAGCCUACAAGCGAGCGGCCGUCACCGAGUGUCUUCGUCGCGCAAGCCCUGCCGGUCGGCGCUCGCCAUGGGGCCCAAAAGUUGCCUUUUUGUUGAAAUGAAAAGGAAACAAGUUCCAAAGUGCUGCGAGGGCACUCGAGCGGGUAUGGAGUCGGUAGCGCGCGCUGCCUUUCUCCGCCUCGUCUUCAUGUUUGGCCGCGGAGGUCCUCCCCCUGCGGCGCUGGGCGGAGUUUCAUCCCGGACCAGACGCUCCUUUUGUCGGAUCGCUUUCGACCUGACUCCCCGGGGCUUCGGGCACAAAGAAAGGCCACUUUGGAUGCGAACGCGGCCACUGAAUCACCACACAGUGUCGACGAGCGUGCAGAGUUGCCACCGGAACCGCGAGUGGAGGAGGUGGAGUCAUCUGUACCAGACGCUGUGCAAUGAACGGCAGCGGCGGCGUCUCUGCGCCUCCGAGUGGCAGACUGAAGAUCAUCACAGACGAAUGGCGUCAGGAGGAUUGUCUGACCCUGCUGGAGAGAAUUCGCAGCCUCCUUCCUGACAGCGACGCCAUGAAGUACAAAACCACAGAGUCACACUUCGACUGGGACAAAGUCGGCUUUGGAAGCUUCACAGGAGAAAUGUGUCGGCAGAAGUGGAGCAAAGUGUCCACUGAGGUGCGCAAGUACAGAACCAUGACAGAGCUCAUCUUGGAUGCCAUUGAGUUUGUGAAAAAUCCUUACAAAGGCAAGAAGCUCAAGACUCAUCCCGAUUUCCCCAAGAAGCCCUUGACGCCGUACUUCCGCUUUUUCAUGGAGAAACGAGCCAAGUAUGCCAAAAUCCACCCGGAGAUGAGCAACUUGGACCUGACCAAGAUUCUGUCCAAGAAGUACAAGGAGCUGCCCGAAAAGAAGAAGCAAAAAUACGUGGCAGAGUUCCAGAACGAGAAAGAAGCAUUUGAGAAGAACAUGGCUCGAUUCAAACAUGAUCAUCCCGAGCUGAUGGAGGAGAGGAAAAAGUCCGACCUACCCGAGAAACCCAAAACUCCUCAGCAGCUUUGGUACAACCAUGAGAAGAAGACCUACAUGAAGAUGCACCCUGAGGUCAGUCCAAAGGAGCUGAAGGAGGUGUUGAGGAGACAAUGGUCACAGCUGUCAGACAAGCGAAGACUCAAGUGGAUCAGCAAAGCUUUGGAGCUCCAGAAGGAAUACGAGGACAGCAUGCGAGCAUAUCACGAAGCUCACCCAGACGUCAGCUCGGACGAUCAUGUCCGCUCCGUCCUCACCAAAGCAGAAAGACAACUCAAGGACAAAUUUGAUGGACGGCCAACUAAACCCCCUCCUAACGGCUACUCGCUAUAUUGCGCCGAGCUGAUGGUGAACAUGAAGGAUGUGCCAAGCACAGAGCGCAUGGUUUUGUGCAGCAAACGCUGGAAGAUGAUGACCCAGAAGGAGAAGGACAUGUUUCAGAAGCGCUGCGAGCAGAGGAAGAAGCAAUAUGACGUGGACCUGCAGCGGUUUCUGGAGAGCCUUCCCGAAGAGGAACGAGACCGAGUUGUAAGCGAAGAGAAACUGGGUGGAUCUCGGGUUCCGGUUGGCGCCGUCUCCAGUCCGCACAGGGCCAAGUCACCACCCGUCAAGGAGGAUGAGCCUGAGCUUUGGGCCCCACAGGGUGCCAGGGAGCGGCGCGACUCCAAGAAGAGCGGCAAGCUUCCCGAGACCCCCAAGACAGCCGAGGAAAUGUGGCAGCACAGCGUCGCCGGGGACUUUCUGAGCAAAUGCAGAAGCGACCGCAGGCGAGCGCAAACGGCCAUGGAGGACACGUGGAAGUCCAUGGAGAAGAAGGAGAAGAUCCCCUGGAUAAAGAAGGCAGCUGAGGACCAGAAGAGAUACGAGAGCACUAGGAAGGGCAGCCGUGGCGUCACACCAGCUGAUGAUGUCACGCUUUGUCACAUCACACAGAGGGAGCUGUUGGACAGGAGGCCGAGUCAAAAGAAGCCCAAGUUUGACGGAGAACCAAAGAAACCUCCGGUGAGCGGCUAUCAAAUGUUCUCUCAGGAGCUCCUGACCAACGGGGAGCUGAACCACUUCAGCCUGAAGGAGCGAAUGGUGGAGAUUGGCAAACGCUGGCACACGCUGACUGCAAACCAGAAAGACGCCUACAAGAAACACGUGGACGCCACACAGGCGCGAUACCGUGCGCUGCUGGAGGCGUGGCUUAAGUCUUUGUCUUCGCAGGAUCGCGCCGCCUAUAAGGAAUUCUCCUCCUCGAAGCGUCGCAAUACGUCAAAAGCGAGCAGUAGCCCACCCUCUAAAGUGCUGGUAACGGCCAAGGGCAAAGCGACGGCCUCCAAGAUGGCGCCCCCUGCCGUGGCCAAGCGGGCGAUGGCAUACCGAGCCAAGCAGGAUGUGGUGUCCGACUCUGAAGACGAUAAGAGCGACUCGUCGGAUGACGACGAUGACGAGGAUGAGGAAGAAGAAGAGGAAGAGGAAGAUGAGACAUCUGGAAGCAGUGACAGCGAAGACGAGCAAGAUGAGGAUGAAGAUCAGACGUCUUCUGACCAAUCCAGUGACUCAGACUAGCUCCGGCUCCUCGUUGGGAUGGGGCUGUUUUGAUGAGACAGGUGGGUGGGGUUUGUACAGGAAUGGGAAGGUGUGUGCCUGAAAAAUGGGAUUAAGAAAUAAAAGCACUUUUUUCCUUU